AUGUCUGACUCAGGCGCCCCUCCCAUGGCCUCUGCUGGCGCCCCCGGCUAUGAUGGCAAUACUCAGGGCAACGGCACUUCGCACAUGCCGCCUCCGCCGCUCGCACCGAUGAUCAUCCCUCAGAACACCAACCCGAUCCCUACCGCCGUCGGUUCGCCCAUGUCGGGCGGUGGCAUGUCGCCGUCCAGCGCCGGCGGCUUCGUCCGCCGCGCAGCCCCUGAGCCGAACAAGCGGGCUUUAUAUGUUGGUGGAUUGGACCCGCGGGUCACCGAGGACGUUCUGCGUCAGAUUUUUGAAACCACUGGCCACGUUCAAAAUGUCAAGAUUAUUCCUGAUAAGAAUUCGAAAGGGUUCAACUACGGCUUCGUCGAGUACGACGAUCCAGGUGCUGCUGAGCGAGCAAUGCAGACUCUCAACGGCAGACGCGUCCACCAAUCCGAAAUUCGCGUCAACUGGGCGUACCAGUCUAACAAUGCCACCAAGGAGGAUACAUCUAACCAUUUCCACAUCUUUGUCGGCGAUCUCUCAAACGAAGUCAAUGAUGAGGUUCUCCUGCAAGCCUUCUCUGCUUUUGGCCAAGUCUCUGAAGCCCGCGUCAUGUGGGAUAUGAAGACCGGCCGCUCCCGCGGGUAUGGGUUCGUGGCGUUCCGCGACAAAGACGACGCCCAGAAGGCUCUGAGCUCUAUGGAUGGAGAGUGGCUCGGCUCCCGCGCAAUCCGCUGCAACUGGGCCAACCAGAAGGGUCAGCCGUCGGUCUCCCAACAACAGGCUAUGGCUCAGAUGGGCAUGUCGCCAGCGACGCCAUUCGGACACCACCAUUUCCCGACCAACGGCGUUCAAAGCUACGAGAUGAUCGUCCAGCAGACGCCAGAGUGGCAGACAACCUGUUACGUCGGCAACCUCACGCCAUACACAACUCAGUCUGAUCUUGUACCGCUGUUCUCGAACUUUGGUUACGUUGUUGAGACCCGUUUCCAGUCCGACCGCGGGUUCGCAUUCAUCAAGAUGGACACCCAUCAGCACGCUGCUAUGGCCAUUUGCAGCUUGAAUCAGUAUCAAGUGAACGGCCGCCCUCUCAAGUGCAGCUGGGGCAAAGAUCGUCCUCCUACGGGCCAGUAUGACCAGCAACAGCAGUUCUCUCCGGCUCAGGGCCCCAACUCCGGCUAUCCACCUACUCCCAGCGCAUACUUCCCGCAGUACGGUGGCCCAGGCCCGAUGUCUCCCCAAGGCCCACCCCAAGGCGUUCAGCCCUACGCCCAGCAACAAGGCGGCUACGGCGGUCCCGGCAUGGCUCAGCCGUACCAGCAGAUGCCUCAGAGCGCUGGUGGCUACGGCCGUGGUCAGCCGCAGGGUGGUCAGUGGGGUCAGCCGCAGCCAGCUGCCUAUGGCAACAAUGGCUAUGGCGGGUACCAGGGCUAG